AUGGACAGCAACAUGUCAUCGUCGUCGACUCCGGUGUCGUCGUCGUCGUUGUCGGCCCUUGCAGCCGGCGGUCCGGCGAACGGGAGCGGCAGCAGUGGCAGCUCUGGUGACCGUCAGGACUACUUUGGCACGCUCGCCAUCGUCGACUCUGCCGGUGCAUCUGCGAAAGCACCCGCCCCAGCGACACUCACCGGCGACAACAGCAACAAUUACUACAACCACCAACCUCUGCACCACCCGACCGCGUACCCUUACCACGCCUCUUGGGUCGCAGGAUCAGUAGCACCCGCACCAGGAUCAGCAACAGCAGCCGCGUCGCCAUCAGCAGGAGCCCCGGCAGCCUCCGCGCUCUCAGCAGCAGUCGGAGAUCCAUCCAACGUUCUCGAGCCGACCAGAUCGAGGCCCAGCCUGCACGACCGCGGCGCACCGUUGGGAUCACCCUCGACCUUGUCCAACGUGGGAGCGGCGUGGAUCAACCGUUACCACCAAGCGAUGCCUCGGCAUACAAUGUCGAACGGGACGACGACGACGACGACGACGACGGGCCCGGCAUCUGCGACCUCCAGGGGUGGGACGCAUCCGGUACAUGCGAUCGUCCCGAAUCAGGGCCACCACGCUCACGGCCAUGCACAAGCUCAUCUGCAUCACCCGGCCUACCCGGCCUACCCAGCCUCGUCGUCGUCGCACCACACGCAGCAUUUCAACUCGGGCGGCGCCGCGCUGUCGCAUCUGCUCCACCACUCCGACCAGACCGAGACCUCGUCGGCCGCUCCCCACUGUAAUCCCCAUGGCGGCCCCGCACCAUACCCAACUCCUGUCACCCCUUCGCUCCUGUCAUCGUCCAACAUGCCAUCGAACCAAACCUCGAUGACGCACGUCGAAUCCUCCGCUCUCGAGGUGGCACCGAACUCGGUAUCGUCGUCGGCAGCGGCGGCGGCGGUAGCAGCAGCAGGAGCGACGGCCCCGGGAUCGCUGCACACCCCUAUGGCCACAUCAACGACGACUACUACAGCGGGGCAUCCUAUCGCGAUCUUUUCCCAGAUGCACUCCCAUCUGUGGCCCUCGUACCCAUCUUCUACGGUCGCGUCGAGCCCAACGACCCUUGGCCCGGCAGCAUCUCGGCCGUUAGCUCCGCCGGCGGCUGCGACGGCCCCCGCGCCGAUCAACUCGGUGCACGAGCUGCUUUAUUCGUUGCACCUGACGCAGUAUUACGAUGUGAGUCCUUUCUCCAUUGGAUCUGGCCGUUCACUACUUUCCAUGUGCCCCAGCAUCGCUGGUCAUCAUUGGGUUGUGACGUCGUACCCGUUUAAUGGCCGGGCUAUCUUUCUGGUGCUCUCCACUGAUCCCCGCCGCCCGUGACUGCGUCGAACGCCGAUCGCCGCCCCCUAAAAAUUCGUGAUCAGACAUUCGUCGCGGAAGGUUUCGAUCGACUCGAGUGAGUGUUUCUCUUUCGCGCAUGUGCUUUCGGAGGUCCCCCCUUUACGUCGUGGCAUCACAUGUGACUGAUUUGUAUGCUCGUCUUCUUUAUCUCCGCUCUCCUACCCCGUCUGGCUUCCGCUCGCGCUUCCAUGAUCGACGGUGGGCUCUCUUCGCGUCGGCGUCAUGCCAUUCUUCUCGACCUUCUUUCUCCGCGCGCGUCCUUUUUUUAGAGCGCUCGACGAUAUUACGGAAGCCGAUUUCGAAGCCGUCGGCGUUCGCAGGGGGCAUCGAAGGUUGAUACAGCGACAUUUGGCAUCCAUCAAAGGUAAAUCGCAUUCUAGCAUCCCCUAGCGUAUCAUUUUCUUCUUCCGGCUGGCAGCGCUGUAUCGACUUCACAACGGCGCCGUCGGUCUCGGGCAGCUGUUCGGAACCCUCGCGCUGAUCAGCUUUCUGUCGGGCUAUCUCUUGCGUGCUUCACCUUCUGUCUCUGUUGCAGGUCUACCCACCUCGGCGCCGUUGGUUUUGCCCAUCGCUUUGGGGCAUGGCGAGAACGGAACGAUUUCUACUGUACCCGCGCUCGCAGUGGUCAAGAACAAUGGUCUUGGCAAGGCGGAAUGGGUCGACCCAACCGUUGCGGACCAGGCCCCAGUCGUGGCCGCAAAUGCUGCGGACGAGUUUGCGCCCAAGUCCAAGAUGGAAGAUGAGGCCGAAGAGAGUGACGACAACCAAAUUGGCGAUGUCUCGUUGGCGACGACGUUGGUAGAGGAUCAGGAAAUGUCGAACCUGUCUUCUUCGACGGGCGUGUCGAGGGCAAGGGGAGGGAGCAAGUCGAGGGGCGUCAAGAGGAAGAGCAUCGCUCCUGCGACGACGGCUCCUACUUCAGGUGAGGUUUGUCACCAUUGGGUAUGACACGAACAACCUUUCGAAGCUGAUCAACGAUGUGUGCACCUCGGUCAGUGACGCAAACGAACCGCAACGUGUUUUACAUCCACCCAACGAACUCGGCUUCGGUGACUCGAUCGACCACUGCCUCUCCUACAGCAGUUCCGAUCCACAGCACCGCCGUCUCAACUUCGGCCGCUCCGGGUACGCGGAUGAACCCGGCCAAACGUCGUUACCGACGUCACCCGAAACCGGACCCCAACGCGCCGGUCAAACCUUCUUCCGCCUACGUCGAAUUCUCCACCUCGAUCCGCGCCCAAUUGGGGACCUCGAAAUCGUUCACCGAGAUCGCGCGCAUCGUCGGUGAGAAAUGGCAAGCCUUACCGUGUUUGGAAAAGGCCGACUUGGAACGUCGGACGAUCGAAGCGAAGGAGGCGUACGCGAGGGAUUUGGAACUUUAUCAGCAGGGGAAGGAGUGGAGGGAGUACGAAGCGUAUUUGAAGGAGUUCAGGGCCAAGUACCCUGAUAGUGCGAUCGGACCUUCGACGACGGCGGCGGGGGUGGCGGAGCUGGAGACGGGGUCGUCACCUGCUCCUUCGGGUUCGGGUUCGGGUUCGGGUUCGACGGCGGGGAAGGAGAGCAAGGUGGUGGGAUCGGGUAAGGGUCGGGGUGGGAGACGCUCAAGUACGCGUACGGUCCAAUUAGCUGCUCCGAUGGACGAAGGCACGUCGACAAGUUCCGUUCGGAUGGGUCGGCGCACAUCGACCAGACGAUCUUUGGCUAAAAAUGGGGCACGUGAGGAAGUUGGUUCGGAUUUGGAUUUCGAUUUCGAUGGCGAUGGCGAUGGAGAAGGGGAGGGUGAGGAUGUUGAUGGGGAAGGUGAGACCGAUGAGGACGCCUUGGUCGGCUCAUCGACGACGACGAUGACGAAUGGGAGUGGUGUGGAUGAGGAGGGGAAGAGGGAAGAGUUCGAUAAGGAACAAUGGGAUGCGGUGAGAGUCUUGGCCAAUGUCCAUCGAAGGGAAUCCGAGUUGUCGCGUUGA